CAGCCAGAUUCGCCCCCUCCCCGCUGUGCGCAUGCGCAGAGCCGUGCAGGGAGCUGUCCGCGGCAGUCGGUGCUGAAGCGUUUCAACCACAGCAGCCUCAGCGGACAGAGCUACAGAAGACAUGGAGGAAGAACUGAAAUGCCCCGUUUGUGGUUCCUUCUUCAAGGACCCAAUCCUGCUCCCCUGCUCCCACAAUGUUUGCCUGCUUUGCGCCCGGAACAUCAGCGUCCAGACCCCGGACGGGGAGACUCCGGUUCAGAGCCGUGCCUCCGGUAGCUCCGACUAUGAUUACCUGGACAUGGAUAAAAUGAGUCUGUAUAGCGAGACGGACAGCGGGUACGGCUCCUACACUCCCUGCCAACUCAAGUCUCCAAACGGGGUUCGGGUUUUUCCGCCGGUCGCCCCUCAUCGGAACUGCUCCCUCACCUGUCCGCUGUGCCACCGGAGCGUCUCGCUGGACGAGCGGGGGCUCCGGGGGUUUCCUCGGAACCGGCUUCUGGAGGCCAUUGUGAUGCGGUACCAGCAGACCCGCGGCAUCCCGUGCUCUUCAUCCUCCUCCGCGGUGAAGUGUCAGCUGUGCGACCGCAACCCGGUGGUCGCCACGGUGAUGUGCGAGCAGUGCGACGUAUACUACUGUAACGCCUGCCAGCAGCGGUGCCACCCGUCCCGCGGUCCGUUGGCCAAACACCGCCUGGUACCGCCGCCGAACCAAGCGGCUGGUGGAGCGGCGAGCGGCGGACAGCAGCCGCAGCUCACCGCGCGGAAAGCAGGGACCUGUGUGGAUCAUGAGUCGGAAAACUUCAGCAUGUAUUGCUGCAGCUGCAAGGCUCCGGUGUGCGUCAAGUGUUUGGAGGAGGGGAAACACGCCAAGCACGACGUUAAACCGCUGGCUGUGAUGUGGAAGCAACACAAGUGCCAGCUCUCUCAGGCUCUGAACGGCGUCUCUGAUAAAGCUAAAGAGGCAAAGGAGUUUCUGGUUCAGCUCAAGAACAUGCUCCAGCAAAUACAGGAAAACGGUGUGGAGUUUGAAGCUUGCCUUGUGGCUCAGUGUGACUCCCUGAUCGAGGCGCUGACGAGACAGAAAGCAAAGCUGCUCACCAAAGUCACCAAGGAGAAGGAGUACAAAAUGAAGGUUGUGCGUGACCAGAUCACCCACUGCACCAUGAAGCUGCGGCAGACCACCGGCAUGAUGGAAUACUGUCUGGAAGUCCUCAAGGACAACGACCCCAGCGGGUUCCUGCAGAUCUCAGAUGCCCUGAUCAAGCGAGUGGCAUCGUCUCAGGACCAGUGGGUGAAGGGGGCCCUGGAGCCCAAGGUUGGCCCUGACUUUGACCUCACCUUGAAUACAGACUCUUUGAUGCAGACCAUCCUACAGCUGGACUUUUGCCAGGGAAAAGUGGAAUCUGGACCCGGGGUCCCAGCGGCUCCCUUACUACAGCUUGAGAAGUGCUGCACAAGGAACAACAGCGCCACCCUGGCCUGGAGGGUAAAUGCACCUGCAGGUUGCCCCAUCGAGGGCUACAUUUUGGAGCUGGAUGAUGGGAAUGGAGGACAAUACAGGGAGGUGUAUGUUGGGAAGGAGACAGUCUGCACAGUGGAUGGGCUGCAUUUUAACAGCUCCUACAACGCCAGGGUGAAAGCCUACAACGCCAUCGGAGUGGGACCGUACAGCAAGACGGUCGUGCUCAAGACUUCUGAUGUGGCUUGGUUCACCUUUGACCCCUCCUCAGCUCACCGGGACAUCGUCUUGUCUAAUGAGAACCAGACAGCAACGUGCAGCAGCUACGAUGACCGGGUGGUCCUGGGGACGGCUGCGUUCUCCAAGGGAACUCACUAUUGGGAAGUCAGCAUUGACCGGUAUGACAACCACCCGGACCCUGCGUUCGGCGUGGCGAGGAUCAACACCAUGAAAGAAAUGAUGCUGGGGAAGGACGACAAGGCCUGGGCCAUGUAUGUGGACAACAACCGCUCCUGGUUCAUGCACAACAACUCCCACACCAACAGAGCGGAGGGAGGCAUCACUAAGGGCUCCACUGUGGGCAUCCUGCUGGAUCUGACCAAACGGACCCUAACCUUCUAUAUAAACAAGGAGCAACAUGGACCAACAGCCUUCGAGAACCUGGACGGGGUUUUUGUUCCUGCUGUCAGCCUCAACAGAAACGUCCAGGUGACCUUACUGACCGGAUUGGAGGUGCCAAAGAAUAUCAAACAGUAGGAGCUUACUGCUUUCCUGAGCGUGCCCUGGAUACUAACCUCUGAUGUCACAUGCAGCGUCUGUUCCCUUCAUUGGGGAUAUUUGUCUGAAAUGUCAGCUUUGGUUCUGUCCAUGCUUUCCAAGCUGCCAUGUGUUUCUAUACGAUGUCAUGAUGAAGGAACAAAUCUGACUGGUUGUAAAUUUUUGUGCACAUUGUUACAAAGGGGAUUGGGGUUAUUGUAUUGAUUUAUUUUCUGGCAAAAAUCACAGGAUUCAAACAGUAUUUAUGAUUUUCUUUUUGUUUUAAACUACUGUCAUUCUAUCAAUUUCAUGACAAAAGAAUCUUAAGUUUAAAUAGUAGAGCGAGACACCUAGAAGACAUUCUCACUGUGUUGAAAUUAUUUUGGAGAACAGCCUCACAGUUUACAUCAAUAAGGUGCUUUUGGUGAUCAAAAACUGACAGAA